AUGACUAAAAGGCCAGAUGCCACAGUAGCCAUCGAUCUUGGCACGACCUUCACAGGUGUCGGUUUGCUAUAUUCCACUGGCACCAUCGACAUAUUGGAUAACUGGCCAGGAAAUAACCAGCAAAGCGAACGAAAAGUUCCAACCCGUCUGGUCUAUAACCAAGACAAUACUGUUUCCUCUUGGGGGUUUCAAUGUGAUAUUAUUGAUUCUCAUCUCUCAUAUGGGAAGACGGAACGUCGACUUUUCAAGGUGUUUCUUGAUCAAGCCACCCAUGACGAGGCAAAGCAAGGAGGCUUGACUUAUGUUCCACGGAGCACUCAAGACGUUGCAAGAUGCAUUACCGACUACCUUCGAGGCAUCUACCGUCAUGUGAAGAGCACGUAUGAACGAAGCACUGGAGUAAGGAACUGGGCCAGCUCGACCAUUAUCUUUCUCUUUAGUGUACCUACAACUUGGAAAGGUAUGGAAGUCAUAAACACAUUUAGAUCAAUCAUCCGCGACGCUGGAUUCGGUACUGAAGGCCCUGGACACUCUGCACAGAUCGAUCUGACGGAGGCCGAAGCCGCGGCUGUUGACACUUUGAAAAGCGGCGUCGUUGAAUUCGGAACUGGGGACAUAUUCCUGACCGUUGAUGCUGGCGGUGGCACAACAGACCUUUCACUAGUGCGUGUCACUUCUGUUGAGAAUGAUAUUGUACAGAUAUCUCAGAUCGCCGAGGUCAGCGGCAUCGGUACAGGGUCAACUCUCAUUGACUCUGCGUUCGCGAAUCUGGUCGAGCACCGACUAUCUUCUAACCCGGGCGUACUGGAUGAUUAUCCAGAUCUCCCUGGUACCUUGAUGAUGAGUGAGCGUUUCACGAUUGUCAAGCACCAUUUUGGUGAGACCUCAUUUUCUUCCCCAGUUUAUAAGAUCCCAGUACCUGGCCUGCCAUAUAAUUUUAGCCAUGGGGGGCUUAGAAUUGAAGAAGGACGCAUGAUCUUCGAUAGUGGUGAAAUCCAAGCCCUUUUCGAUCCCCAUAUCGAACGCAUCAUACAAAUAAUCAAGGAACAACUAGACUGGAUGGCGGAGAACAAACCUACUGAGCAAGUGGUAGGACUGGGCAGCUCUGAAUAUGUGCAACAACGCAUUCGGGAACACCUCAACCGGUUCCACCACCCCAGCGCUCGCAAUUGCUCUGUCAUUCCUAGUCGAUUCCCACAAACUACUGUUGUAAGAGGCCUCCUUCAAGAUCACAAGCAGCGCAUAGAAACAGGAAACAAACCAGUCUUGGCUUCAUACAUCGCUCGAGCAAGCUACGGUGUCGUGGUCCGCGAGUUAUACAACCCAGAGCGUCACUUCAAUGAGGAGAUUGUGCAGGAUGACCAUGACCCUGGUCAAAGAUGGGCCGUCAACCAGGUCCAGUGGAUUAUUCGCAAGGGGGACUCGGUAGACCCGAAUGAACCGUUGGUGAAGCAGUUCGUUAUCCGAUUGAAGCCAGGCCAGACAAGUAGGUCUUGGAACUCCCAGAUUGUCAUUUCUCGAAGCGAGGUUGAUGUCCUCCCCCGAAGUCUGCGGAAAGCGGGUGUCAAGAAACUUUGUAACGUGAAAAGCGACCUCACAGGCGUCCAACAACAUGAGCUUGAGCUAAAAGAGAAGCGUGGCUUCUGUUGUUUUAGUGAAGGAUAUAAGUAUUAUAACUGCAAGUUUGACAUCCAUGUGAUUGUAGCUCCAGCUGAUAUACGCUUUGAGUUGUGGUUCCGGGGCCAAAAGUUCUCUAGAAAUCAUGACCCUAUUAAAGUUGAGUGG